AAAACGUUAAGCAUUAAAUAUGAUUGCAAAAUAUAUACUUUUUGGGCUUUUAACAAUUUUAAUUGUGGAGGCGCGUAAACCCAAAGGUUGCAUCUCCAUAAAGAGUGUGACAAAACCUAUACAACAUGCAGAAGGACCUCACUGGGACAGCCACAAACAACUUUUAUAUUACGUUGAUACUUUUAAAGCGGACGCUCUAAAAUGGGACCCAAAAACCAAUGAAGUGACCAUGUUUCAUAUAGACGACCGUAACUCAAUAGGCAUCAUUGUUCCAAUUAAAGGCGACCCGAAAGGAUUUGUGGCCGGAGCUGACAGAAUAGUGUACCAAAUAAAAUGGGACGGUAAAGAAAACAACACCGCUAAAUACGAAGAGAUCUUAAUGGUGGACGAGUCAAAACCAAACAACCAAUUUAAUGAUGGUAAAGCAGACGCCAAGGGAAGACUUUGGAUAGGAACUUUGACAAGAAAUCCUGACCAAUCGGUUAAGGACAAUGGAGGGGAAUUAUUUGUGAUAACCGACAAAAAGUUACUAAAAGAUAACCAGCAAGUUAACUAUACAAGUAUAAGUAAUGGAUUGGCUUGGUCAAAAAAUAACAAACACUUUUAUUACAUCGACAGUGCAAAAAGAAAUGUCGUUAUUUAUGAAUUCGAUUUGGAAAAAGGAGUGUUAGGUGAAAGUAGAGUUUUAUUUGAUCUGGCAAAGUACCCUGAUAUACCUACAUCAGGAAUUCCAGAUGGUAUGACUAUUGACUCUGAUGAUAAUAUUUGGGUAGCUAUCUAUGGAGGUGGUUGUAUUCUUCAUGUCCACGGCCAAACAGGCGAACUCCUGCUAAAACUGGACCUGCCAGUCACCUACGUGACAUCAUUGGCUUUCGGAGGUCCCAAUUUGGAUAUUUUAUAUGCCACCACCUCCAGGAUGAGAUUGACAGAAGCACAAAUUCCCAGUCAACCAUUGGCUGGAACAGUUUUGGCUAUAACAAAUUUAGGUGUGAAAGGGUUGCCUGCCAAUGAGUUCGAAGCAGAUGAAUGGAAGAAACAGAGUUGUUAGGGUUUUUUAAAAAUAAAAAAAUAGUUCGAA